ACCAGUAACUAGAAUCUACAAUUUGUGGUGGGGACGGCAAAGUUGCCAAUCCACAGCCAUUAUAAAUAUCUAUAAUCUAUGGUUAUAAUAGUUGCAUACGUGUGUUAAUGGCUUAAACUAUGUUUUUUACUCAAAUUAGGAACACUUUGAGGUUAUGUUACAAUUCAUGUGUCAAAUGGUGAACGAAGCAAACACAUCAUUGAGGUCUGAUUUCAAAAACACGGGUUAUCAACACUCUCGCCACGUGGAAAUGUUCAUAAAAUAAACGCAAUGGCUGCACGUAAAAAAGAAAGCACCGUUUGGAAGAAAAAUACUAAUCAUAACCGAGGUGGUAACACUUUAGUGAAUUCCCCGACACCUGCAGAAUUGAAAUUUAAGGAAGCACAUGGAAAACUUCAAGCGGCAGUGCAGAAAUAUGUGCAAGACUAUGAAUCGUCUUCCUCUGAAGACGAGUUAGAAUCUGACAAUAUAAUAGGCGAAAUUAUUAAAAAUUACACUAAAACAGGAGCGAAAGAUGAGUACUUAGGGAGAACUAAAACCUUCCUUCAGGAUUCGUUUUUAUCAGGGACUGUCACGUGUCUGAUUUGCAUAUCCAGAAUAAAAAGGGACUCUUCAAUAUGGAAUUGCAAUGAAUGCUACUGUGUCUUCCACCUAACUUGUAUUCAAAGAUGGUCCAAGGACAGUAUUUUUCAACAAAAACAAAUACAAGAAGGUCCAAUUCAAGUUCAGAAAGUUACUUUAACGUGGGGUUGUCCCAAAUGUAGACACAAUUACCAACUGGAAGAUAUACCAGACAAGUAUUACUGUUUUUGUGGUAAAACCACCAAUCCUGAGCUUCAGCCGUUUUUGGUACCACAUUCUUGUGGCGACAUUUGUGGAAAGGAUUUGGUGCCACUUUGUGGUCACAGAUGCUUGUUAUUGUGUCAUCCAGGUCCUUGUCCACCUUGCCCUGUAACAGUUAGUGUAACGUGUUACUGUGGCAAAAAACAACCAGCUACACGAAGAUGCAGUGACAAGAAGUGGUCCUGUGGAGGCCCCUGUGGCAAGCUUUUGACUUGUCAGAAACACAGUUGUUCUGAGGUUUGUCAUCCUGGUGAUUGUAAGCCAUGCCCAAAGAAAAGUCUCCAGAAAUGUUUGUGCAAAACUAGUCAGAAGUUGCGUGACUGUGCUACGCCCAUAUGGCAGUGUGAUAGGGUGUGUAAUAAGCCGCUUCAGUGUGGAAAUCAUUCUUGCUCAAUUGUUUGCCAUGAAGGCAUUUGUGAUUCUUGCCCUUUGACUAAACAAAGAACUUGUCCUUGUGGCAAAAGCAAAUAUCAGUUGCCUUGUACUGAAGAAACACCUACCUGUCAAGAUACUUGUGAUAAAUUAUUAACCUGCGGUCUUCAUAGAUGUAAUCAACGGUGUCACAAAGACGCUUGCGGUGCGUGCCUUGAAAUUGUUGAAAAAUCGUGCAAAUGUGGCCUACAUUCAAAAGAAGUUCAUUGUUCUAAACCAUAUUUCUGUGAAACCAAAUGUAAACGAAUGCGGGAUUGCAACAAACACCCGUGCAAUAAAAAGUGUUGUGAUGGCAGUUGUCCUCCAUGUGAAAAACCCUGUGGCCGUACACUCAACUGUGGCAAUCACAAAUGCAAUUCAGUUUGUCACAGAGGUCUCUGUUACCCUUGCAACCAAACCGAUGUUGUGACCUGUCGUUGUGGUCAAACCAAAUUGACUGUACCUUGUGGAAGAAAGCAUAAAACUAGACCACCAAAGUGUAGCAAAUUGUGUUUAAUUCCUCCUGACUGCCACCAUGAAAAGAGGGAACCACACAAAUGCCACUUUGGUGAUUGUCCACCCUGUAAACAAAUCUGCAAUAAACCCCGAUCCAAGUGCCCUCAUUUAUGCAGUGCUUCCUGUCAUUCUGCCGUCGUUGUGAAAAUUGAAAGUAAGAAGGCAUCAAUGCCGUGGGAACAAACCAAACCACAACUGGAACGCAAGGCUUUGGCUUGUCCAGACUGUGAAGUCCCGGUUUCAGUCACUUGUUUAGGUGAGCAUGAAACCUGCGACUGGCCUUGCUACAAAGCCGUUCCUUCAAGUUGUCAUCGUCCAUGUGGACGCCAACUUACCUGUGAAAACCACACUUGCACCCUUCCAUGCCACGUGGUUGACAACUCCCCUAACAAGAUCAGUGCCGGCCAGAAUUGCGAAAUAUGCGAAAAUCCGUGCUCCAAACCCCGCCCUGAAGGUUGCCAACACGACUGCCCUAAACCAUGUCACCCCGGCCCUUGUCCGCCGUGCAAACAAAUGCUCCGUAUCAGAUGCCAUUGCGGACUUAAUCAACCCUACGUGUCUUGCAACGAUUGGUUGAGUCCCGAAAAACGCGAAGAAAUCCAAAGUUGCGGCAAUCAAUGUCCGAAGAAUUUCGAUUGUGGGCACAGAUGUCGCGCAAAUUGCCAUUCGGGCCCCUGUCCAAAUCCGGAGCUUUGUCGCAGAAAAGUCAAACUGACUUGUAAAUGUAAGAGGUUGAAGAAGGAGUUCUCGUGUGAGACUGUUCGGAACAAUGCGGCGAAAGUUGAAUGUGAUGAGAUUUGUAACCGGAAGAAAGAGGAAGACAGGAAGCAGCAAGAAUUGAUCAAUGAACAGAAACGUAAAGAGGAGGAGUUGAAGAAUGAGAGGGAAUUGGCAAAGUAUAAGAAAAUAUUUGAGAGUAAGAAGAGGACGAGAGAUCGACGGGCGUACGAAGAGGAGGAAGAAGUCACUUUUAUUAAAAAAUAUUGGUUUUUGAUAACGACAUUCACGGCAGUUGUUUUAUCUGCAGUGGUGUUUUUUAUACUUAAGUAAUUUUUAUAGGAUGAAUUUUGUUGUUAGUUUGUAUCGUAAAUAAAUCACUACAAAUUAUUAGAACACACUUGAUGGGUUUGCGUGCUUGUUCUUUUAGGCAUUUUAAUUUAUUACUAUGUUCAAUAAGAAAUAAAGAAUUUUCACAAA